GCAUGUAGUGUUUAGCUGAUUGCGAUAGAAGAUUAACGUUUAUCUAGUAGUUUGAGUUUAGACUUUCGUUUUUGAUUCAGAAUUGUUUUUGGGACUAUAAUUUAGUUCAGGUCUCAAUGCUUUUUCCUUUGAAUUGCAAUCGUGUUGAGUUCAAGUCACUUUUCUCACAAUACUAAAAGCAUCAUUGCAUGUUUCCAGCCCUCUGCUUUUUUUCUAAUUAGUGCGACUUAGUCAAUUGCGGUUUCCUUACUCAUCAUACCCGCGAACUCGCUUAGUAUUCGUUCGCCGACAGGUUCAUGGUGGUCGCGUUUGUGAGUCACCUCUCCAGGGCGCACAAUAAACCUCGAAAGAGAGGAAAAAAGGCGUGAUAAAAAAAAGAUUGACGAGAUAGCCAAAAAAUCAUCGGUCAACCGUAGUGAGUCAUUUGAUGGACUUGCAGUGCAGCGAGUUGUAGUCCUCUUGAGUGGUUUAGUCCAAACUUGAGUUUCCAUUACAGUGUGUGGCGCAAGGGUUAACGCAUAGUUAGGAAUAUUCCUCGGUCAGUGGUCCAAUACAAUCCUUGCUGAUAAGUAUUUACUGUGGAAUUCGCGUGAUAAGAUAAGAUAAACGGCAGUACCGAUUGGCUUAGAAAUUUGCUAAAGCUUAUUUAGUGUCAGUUUUAGUGCUUGAUCGGUCGGAAGAACUUUUCAAGAUGUCCGCGGAAACCACAAAAACUGUGCCUCCCCCUCCACCACCUCUAAAGGCGAAUAAAGAAUUUUGUUUGAAAACCGGAAACGCAGAUACCGGAUUACUUUUGGCGGACAUUCGUAAUGGAAUGACCUUGAAGCCGACCAAAACCAGGGACAAAAGUACGGCUGCGUUCAUUAAAAAAUCCAGCACUCCAGUGAACAGUGAAGUUUCCCAGACGAAUGGUUGCAACGAUGAUGCGUCCAUUGACGGAAUGAGGGAUGCCCUGCAAGAGGAGCUUCGGAACACGUUGAAAAGAAAGGUUAAAAAGCAGGACGUGGAGCGUGGUGAUCCCACAAAAAAUCAUGAGAUUGAAAAAAAGAUAGAGGUAAAGCGCACGGAUGUGGAGUUGAAAGUAAACAACACGAGCAGUGAUGCCGGCAAAAGCAGCUCUCUAUUGCCACCACCCAAACCGGCCCGUUCAAUGAACGGAAACAGCCAGACGGCGGAGUUGGUUAAAAGCCCUGUCUUGAAUAAACUUCCGACGAAGAUUGAGACACCAAAAACUGCGAACAAUACUGCUUUAAUAAAAUCGGAGCCAAAAGUGAAAAUUGAACCGUAUGAAAAUUCUUCUUCGUCCCUAACAGGAACACUCAAGAAGGUUACUCCACAAAAAGAGCUUAAAAUUGACGUCGCUAUUGCCCAAAGUGACAGCUUAAAAAAUAGUAUUCUAUCGCCAGAGGUUAAAAGCGGAAGUGCCUCCAUUCGGCCGUCACAAAUCAAAACUCUGACAAAGCAAGGCAGUCACGUUUCUCACACUGAUAUUGUGCAAGAUGCAAAAACCAUCAAUAAGAGCCCUGUAACGUUAGUGGAAGGACCUUCUCCGAUCAUCAAUUCUCCAUUGUCUACUCCAAUCAAGUCUGAACCAUAUCGCAGUGGUCAGAGUACGACUCAGUCUCCAAGUCGGACCACUAUCCUGGACACGAAAAUACCAAACACACUUAGAAAGCCGGUGACCUCACCGAAAGCUACUCCCAAUGAUCCGUCGAAGAAGUUGCUGAUUUCACAUCCGAAAGCAAGCUUCACCUUACCACGAUCCAACUCCCGCAAAAUCCAAAAAACAGAACCCACUGCGUCCAAGCCUGUGUUUAGAAUUCUCACCGAUCUGGAGCAGGCCGAACAGCGGCAAGAAAAGGAGAAGAUCCCAUCCAGACCUCGGGCGGAUUCCCCAGGAGCAGAACCCGUUCUGAACUCGUACGUUAGUUUUGCGAAAGAACUCGCCAACGCACCCAACAACUACCCGGACACCGUGACGAAAACGACCACCGUGGGUACCUUGCAGGAGGACCUUUUCUACGGAAACACCAACCUGCGGGACAUUAAAAUCGAUAUUGUCGAAAACGGACAGUGUAAGGUAGUGAGCAAAUAAACCUUAGAGAUGCCAAUCGUCGUUCAAAGACUGAGCACAUUCCAACAUAUGCAAUAUUUUACAAAAUAAACAUAAGGACAAACAUAAAAUGA